CUUCAGCCCCUCUCUUCGGUUCCCAUCUUCCCUUUGCGCAGCAUACAACGGAUUUGCUUGACGCAGUUCAGACUUGAGGAAUAUCCGACUCGGUACAUAACAUCCAUCAGAAGACCAUCACAUCUAGUGAUCAUUCUAAACAUUACCCUAAUCAUAUUUUUCCCAUCUCCAAAUUUGGAAACAUGGGACGUCUAGGGAAUAUCCUCCCUCUUCACAAGAAGGAAACCUCGACCGAAAGCCAUAAGCAAGGACAUACAAAAGCUUCAACUGCUGCAAAUUCAAGAAAUGCUCCAUUGACAAAGAGAUGGCGCAAUGAGUUUGUUGCAGCUGCUGCAGAAUUCGCUGGCACUUUUAUGUUUCUUUUCUUCGCCUUCGGAGGAACCCAGGUCGCCAACACCUCUGCUACAGCUGCCGAUCCCGCAACUUCAGGUCAGCAAGGAGGAAGCAUAACACAACAACCAAACACGAGUGUGCUGCUUUACAUUGCGUUAAGCUUUGGCUUCUCACUCAUGAUCAAUGUCUGGGUUUUCUUCCGCGUCAGUGGAGGACUUUUCAAUCCAGCUGUGACUUUAGGACUUUACCUUAUUGGCUCUAUCACCCCAAUUCGAGCUUCUCUUUGCUUCCUCUCCCAAAUGCUCGCAGGAAUGUGUGCCGCAGCCGUCGUAUCUGCGAUUCUACCCGGACCACUUUCUGUGUCCACUACACUUGGCUCAGGAACGACAGCUGCCCGGGGGGUUUUCUUGGAAAUGUUUCUCACCGCCCUACUUGUGUUUACGAUUUUCAUGCUUGCUGCGGAAAAGCACAAAGCGACGUACCUCGCCCCUAUUGGCAUUGGCCUGGCUCUCUUCGUCGCUGAAUUGAUGGGCGUUUUCUAUACUGGCGGCAGUCUGAACCCGGCACGCAGCUUUGGUCCAUGCGUUGCUACGAGGCGAUUCCCUGGAUACCAUUAUAUUUACUGGUUUGGACCUCUUAUGGGAACCCUCUUAGCUUGGGGGAUGUAUAAGAUUGUCAAGACAGUUGAGUACCAGACUGUCAAUCCAGGUCAAGACUUCGAUGACCACGAGGCUGCUGCAUUCAAGCCCCCGGAGAACCCGGAUUCUGCAGACCAAGUCGAACGCCCCAAUGUCGCUGCUAUCGCUGCCGAAGAGGCUGUACGCAUGGCAUCGCGAAGUUCCGGGGGUAGCAAUACCGCGUACGAUGGAAUCGAGGGAAGAAUGUCGCAAGACGGCCCCGGCGCAAAUCGACCUUCGGAUACCUACACGGGCGCGAGUCGCAACCUAUACACUUCCUCGGCAGGGCCUAAUAAUAUUGGACACGAUGGUGUUGCAGCGUAUGGAACAAGGGCAUAAGAUCGAACAGAUCUAUGGACCCCUCUCUUCCAGAGAUUAAGUGACUAAUUGAAUGGGUAAUGAGUCUGGGCUGUGAAAAGUUAGGCGUUGGUGAUUUACGAGCACAUGAUUUAUGACAUGUUAAUUUCGUACCAAGCGCGGCGUUGUACCAUUCUU